CCGAGUGACGUCUUCAGAUGGCGACCCAGGAGCGGUGGCCGAGGGGAUUAUGAGGCUGGCUGGCCGCCAGUGGCUCCCUUUUCUUUUCCAAUGGCGUUUUGCGCUUCGGCGUCCCAGGUUUACCAGGACGUGGGCUAGUUGGAAGGACCCAAUGGCAGAAACACUCGCGAUUGGGGCCGAAGUAGCGGGAGGGCUGAAGGCUCCAGCUCAGCAGAACGGAGACGCGGGGAGCCAGGAGCCGUCGGGCCCUGGAGUGGAGCCGGCCCCGGAGAGUGGGGAGCAAGCCCUGGCUGCAACCCCGGGCCCAGACAAGCGAAAAAAGCGGCGAGGCGCGACUGGGGAGCGUAUCGUGCCGCCCCCGAAGAAACGGCGGGCUGGGGUGAGCUUCGGCGACGAGCACUUUGCGGAGACCAGCUAUUAUUUCGAGGGUGGCCUGCGCAAGGUGCGCCCCUAUUACUUUGACUUCCAGACCUACUGCAAAGGCCGCUGGGUGGGCCGCAGCUUGCUGGACGUCUUCAGCACCGAGUUCCGAGCGCAUCCCCUGGCCUACUACGAGGCCGCCGUCCGUGCGGGGCGCCUGCGCCUCAACGAGGAGCGGGUCCAGGAUCUCAGCAUCGUGCUCAAGGACAAUGACUUCUUGCGGAACACAGUGCAUAGGCACGAGCCACCAGUCACAGCAGAGCCUGUCCGCCUGCUAGCCGAGAAUGAAGAUGUGGUAGUUGUGGACAAGCCUUCCUCCAUUCCUGUCCACCCCUGUGGCCGCUUUCGACACAAUACGGUCAUCUUCAUCCUUGGCAAAGAGCACCAACUACAAGAGCUACACCCAUUGCAUCGGCUCGACCGCCUUACCUCAGGGGUGCUCAUGUUUGCCAAGACAGCUGCUGUCUCCGAGAGAAUUCAUGAGCAGGUUCGGGACCGGCAGUUGGAGAAGGAGUAUGUGUGCCGGGUGGAGGGGGAGUUUCCCGCUGAGAAAGUGACCUGCAAGGAGCCCAUCCUCGUGGUGUCUUACAAGGUGGGGGUGUGCCGUGUGGAUCCCCGGGGCAAGCCCUGUGAGACAGUGUUCCAGAGGCUGAGCUAUAAUGGCCACUCCAGUGUGGUGCGGUGUCAGCCUCUCACAGGCCGCACCCACCAGAUCCGAGUCCACCUCCAGUUCCUGGGCCACCCCAUCCUCAACGACCCUAUCUAUAACUCAGUCUCGUGGGGCCCCUCCCGCGGUCGGGGCGGCCACAUUUCCAAGACAGAUGAGGAACUGCUACGGGACCUGGUGGCAGAACACCAGGCCAAACAGAGCCUGGAUGUGUUGGAGCUCUGUGAGGGCGACCUGUCCUCGGGACUCACAGAUUCUACAGCCCGCUCCUCAGAGCUGGGCAAGAGCGGCCUGGAAGAAUUGGCUAAGGCUGCUCAGAAGAUGGAUAGAGCCCGUGAGGCAGCCCAUCAGGAUCUGGGCACGUUGGCCUUGGCACCAGGGGAUGCAGCUGAAGCAGAUGUUGUGAAUCAGGAGACAGACCCCCUGUGCGAGGAGUGCCGGUUGGUGCGCCAGGACCCCUUGCCCCAGGACCUUGUGAUGUUCCUGCAUGCCCUGCGCUAUAAAGGGCCGGACUUUGAAUACUCUUCACCCAUGCCUGCCUGGGCACAGGAUGACUGGCAAGAGAGCUGAGAGCUGUGGCCCGUGGAGGGGUUGCUUCUAGGGUUGGGGCAGAGAUAGGGCACAGGGCAAAGGCUGACUCCACAGGAUGGUACUCAGGGUCUCUGUAAGAGGGAGGUUGGGCCCGUACUACCUCCUUUGUUCCAGCCGGAGUUUGGGGAUUUUUGUGGUUUGUAAAUACAUUCCUUCUUUUUAACACCUCACGUGUCUGGUUUUCUUACAGCUUGUUCCUUUUUUGUUAAUUGAGGUAAAAUUCACAUAGCAUAAAAUUAAUCAUUUUAAAGCGAACAAUUCAAUGGCAUUUAGUACAUUCACAAUGUUGUCCAACCACUACAUCUGUCCAGUUCCAAAACUUUCUCAUCACCCCAAAAGGAAAUGCACAUCCAUCAGGCUUUCACUCACCGGUCCCUUCCUGCUGGCUCUGGCAACCACUAAUCUGCUUUCUGUUUCCAUGGAUUUGCCUAUUCUGGACGCUUCAUGUAAAGAGUCAUACAAUAGGUGGCCAUUUGUGUCUGGCUUCUUUCAUUUAGCAUGAUGAUUUUAAGGUUUGUCCAUGUUGUAGCAUGCGUCAGUACUUCACUAUGGCGGAAUAAUGUUCCUUUGUAUGGAUAUAAUUUUGUUUAUCCAUUCAUCAGUCGAUGGACAUUUGGGUUGUUAAAACCUUUUGACCUACAACUGGUGACUGCCCUGACAGGGAACACAACAGAGAACCCCUGAGGGAACAGGAGAGCAGUGGGAUGCAGACCCCAAAUUCUCGUACAAAGACCAGACUUAAUGGUCUCACUGAGACUGGAAGGACCCCAGUGGUCAUGGCCCCCAGACCUUCUGUUGGCCCAGGACAGGAACCAUUCCCAAAGCCAACCCUUCAGACAGGGAUCGGACUGGGCCGUGGGUUGGAGAGGGAUGCUGGUGAGGAGUGAGCUUCUUGGAUUAGGUGAGACUAUGUUGGCAUCUCCUGCCUGGAGGGUAGAUGAGAGGGUAGAGGGGGUUAGAAGCUGGCGAAGUGGAUACGAAAAGAGAGUGGAGGGAGGGACCGGACUGUAUCAUAAGGGGGAGAGUAACUGGGAGUAUGUAGCAAGGCAUAUAUGGGUUUUUGUGUGAGAGACUGACUUGAUUUGUAAACUUUCACUUAAAGCACAAAAAAAAAAAAAAAACUUUUUACCAUUAUGAACAAUGCUACUAUGAACAUUGGUGCACAAAUUUUUGUUUGAAUACCUGUUUUUAAUUCUUCUGGGUUUAUACGUAGGAGUAGAAUUGCUGGGUCAUGUGGUAAUUCUAUGUUUUAACUUUUUGCAGACUCGCCAAACCGUUAACAGUAAUAGCACCAUUUUACAUUCCUAACAGCAGUAUACAAAUGUUUCCAUUUUUACACAUCCUUGCCAACACUUGUUAUUUUCCAUAUUUUUUA